CCUCAGCCUUACCAAAAUGCAGAAUCUUCACUUCCAGCUUCUGGGCUUCCUCUGGAGUCUGGAAUAUGAGCUGUAUUCCCCCAGCUCUGGAAACAUACGUUGAUACGACUCUUAGCCGACGAAAGUUGUUGCACGGCUCUCGCUCCAACACCUCAGCACGAGCAGCAGAAGCACAUGAACCCUGGAGGACGAGUAUUGGAGGUCGACAACUGGACUCAGACUUGACACACUGCAUCAAGAACCUGUUCAGUAGCAAAGAACGAUGCUUACGCUUAUAAAUCUUGGUCAUCGGCUGCUUGGUGGAAAUUUACAAUCGCCCUUGCUCACGACCCCUCUUAUCAAAGAAGAAGUUGUCGAGAAUCCGCCUUUCAACUUCCUGGCACUACCCUUAGAUCUCAGGCUCGAAAUUUAUAGAUGCAUAGCCAACAUUGCGUCUUCCCCCUACCCCGGGGAAAGUCCACUCUACCCAUUUUUCUUCGUCAGCCAACAAGUCCGAUUCGAAGCUAGCUCGGUUUUCUAUGCCGUGUCCGGCUUGAUAUUCCCAAGUCCAUCCAAGUGCUUGUCUUUCCUGGAGUUGACGACGCCUCAUAUCCACUUCCUCACUUCUCUGGCUAUUUCUGUUCCUGACGGAGACACAUAUUCUCUGGAGCCUAUUUUUGGGAUGUUAUACGAAGCCGAUGUACCAAUAAAGACUCUGGUGCUUGAUCUUCAAUGUCGCCGGACAGCGUCUGCCCAACCGGACAAGAAACAUGUUCUGGCCCAACCAGUUGGUGAACAUGCACUGGAACGAGCACGCGAACGAGCACAGUCCCUGGAAACGGCCUAUCAGCGACAGAAGCAAAGCCGGGCAGACGAUCUAAACUCGGCGGAUGAUAGCAUUGCAUACCCGUGGCCGUCGAACCUUGGAAAGCUGAAGGACAUCAGAUUCAUAGCGAUUGAUGGGAACCCAUCUGAUAAUUGGAGCGUUGAGUUUGAACUGGCGGUACUCUGUUUGCAUGAAAGGAUGUACAGAAUUGUAGGAAAUGUAGAUGGUCGGGCACCUGCUUGGUACGGAAGGUGGGGAGACUGGUAUUGGUUCGGCAGCCGUGAAGUGACUAAAAGAGGCGAUAUGAUUAAGAGCCUUGCGUCCUUGAACCCUUCCUUGAGGUGAGCUGCUGAGCCACAUACAGACCGAGAUGGAAGUGGUGCGUUCUAUAUUUAGCAUAAGAAAGCAGUUAAGAGUGUAUAUAUCUCUUCAUAUGUCACGAAUCUCAAAAAUUCAGG